ACGUAGCAGCAGCAGCAGCUGCAGCAGUCACACUCAGCUUCAUCUCUCCAGGCUACUGACGCUUGAGCCGCUUCACCUCGUUCGCCCGCGUCUGUUUUAUUUACUCCCUCAAAACAAGGAAAGAAAACAAUCAACAAUGGAAGGACACGUUUGCAACAUCCAGGUGCUUCUGCGGGCCGCGGAGUUUCUUGAGAGAAGAGAGAGAGAGGCAGAACAUGGAUACGCUUCGCUCCUGCCUCUCAGCCCAGGUCACUCUGAUAAGAGGAGCAAACAGAAGAGUAAGAAGAUAUCUGCUGGUGGCAAUAGGUCAGUUCACAACGAGCUGGAAAAAAACAGACGAGCUCAGCUGAGGCACUGCCUGGAGCAGCUCAAGGAACAAGUGCCUCUCUCGUCCGACUCCAUGAGGAACACCACCCUCAACCUGCUGCGACGAGCUCAGCUUCACAUAAAGAAGCUGCAGGAGCAGGAUGAGCGCGCCGAGCAGCUGAAGGACCGCCUGCGCUGGGAGCAGAGAGAGCUGCGGGUUCGGCUCGAGCAGCUCCAGAGGGGCAGCGAGAGGAUGAGGAACAACAGUCAUGGGUCGACCAUGUCCUCGGACAGGUCCGACUCCGACAGAGAGGACGUGGAGGUCGACGUAGAGGGCAUCGUGUUCGACUGCGUGGACUCUGACGGACUGAGCAUGACACACACAGAUGCAGAUCACUGUUACUCCAGCAUGGACAAAGCCUGGCUAUGACAGAGCAGUAAACUCUACAGGAACUCCCUUUAUGUCACUGAGAUGGAGAGGAAGAGGAGGUAAACAUUCCAAAAAAAAACACAGCAAAUGGAGGACGCGACACAGAGGACAAAGACGUUACUGUACAGCUGAACACUUAUUUUUUCUUUUUCUUUUUGAACAGGAGUCACUUUUGACUUUUAAAUAAUGUCAGACAACAAGCUAAACAAUAAUGUUGGGUAUGAAUGAGCUGUGUCCAUUUGCACUGAAUAGCAGUUAAAAUCACUGAGCUGGGAUGGAUGUAACAUUUCGCAUCUACAUAUACAUAUGUGUGUGUGUAUGUGUGUGUAAUUGGCAUCAACCACUGAUGUUUGUUUUUUUCCUCCUAAGCCAUGAGGCGUCUGUAGCCUACAAUGAUCCAAACAGUUCACCUGUCUUUAAGGACUUUUCUUAAUCCACAUAAGGGCUUCUUAUUUAUUCUCUACUACAGUAUGUCUAUACUGAAUUCUGCCUUAAAUCAGAUUUGGUCUGGUGAUCUUUACAGCUUCUCUUGAGCACUAAGUUUAUAUCUCCGCAAACAUCAUGUGUAGCAUGCACUUAAACAUUAACCUGUGCUAUGUUUUUUUUUUAUUAUCAUGUAAGUUCAGUCAUGUGUUUUGUUCUUUUCCUUCUGUUGCACAAACUGAUCAUAUUAUUAUUAUUACUAUAUCAUUAUUGCACUUGUUUUCAAUCUCCAAAAAAUUGUGGGUACAUCAAAAGAAAAACGGACGAGAAAUGAACUUGUCAUAUUUGCACAAUUAUGUCUGGCAAUUACAUUAAACCGCCAAAUAUAA